AAAGGAAUAGACAAAUAUGAAAAAAUAUAUAUACGGUAGUCGCUUACACGAACGGUGGUCAGCUGAUUAUUCAGCGUAAACAGCAGACAGUAAAGCCCAUCUCCCAUACAUUUAAUAUUUUUAGCCCUCUAAACGGAAAAUGGCCAACCGCACCAUAACAAGCAAAAGGAAGUGGGCAGUUGAUUUAUCAGGUCGCAGAGGGGAACGGGGCAGUGACAACCUCCCUGCACCACCGGGGUUUAUGAGCUCUGUCAACCAGGUCCACGCAGAAGCAAACAGACAAGGCGACCCUAAUCUGGUCAUAAAGAAGGCAUGGGAUAUAGCUCUUAGCCCUCUCAAAUCGGUCCCAAUGAACCUCUUCCUCAUGUUCAUGGCUGGGAGCAGCAUCAGUAUUUUCCCAAUCAUGAUGGUGGGCAUGAUGCUGCUAAGACCCAUCAAAGCUCUUUGGGCCACCAACACCACUUUCAAAUCCAUAGAGGGAACUCAUGCAGCACUGCAGAAACUGAUUUAUCUGUUGGGGAACUUCGUAAAUGUUGGCUUGGCGCUGUAUAAAUGCCAUAGUAUGGGUAUACUUCCCACUCAUGCCUCAGACUGGCUAGCAUUCCAAGAACCGGCCAUCCAGAUGGAGUUUUCAUAUGGGGGUAUGACACUCUAGUGUGAGAGAAGGCACAUUGGAGAAGUGUAGCUGCUGCGGAAAUGAUAUGUUGUGUUUCAUCAUCUUCGGUAUCCCUUUUAUUUUUAUUAUUUUUUACAAGAACGUUUGGGGGGUAUGCAUUUGAUCCCACCAUCCUGUUGCAUAUACUGUAAUCAGAGCGACUCUUGAACCCUCCAAGGCAAGACAGAGAUAUCCAAGUGUGUGGUAUGUGAGAUUUUAUUUAUUUUUUAAUUUUUUUUUUUUUAUUUAUUAUUUUUUUUCUAAUGCAAUUUUUAAGGAACUUGAGAUUUUUAUUCUUUUCUCUUUUGUCAUUGAGGAUCUCAUAUUUACCUAAUGUGUGUUUAAUCUUCAUUAUGGAAAAAAAAAAAAAAAAAAAAAACUUUUUCAAAUUAUGUAUAAGAUUAGCAUUAUCAUGUGUAUUUUAUUACAUACCUCAUUAAUGUCACUAUCUGUGACCCAAAAUGCAAUUUUCACUUAAGUGUUGACUCACAUAUGAUUUACAGAAGACCAUUUAUGUAUAUACACACCACAAAUUUAUUUAUGUAAACAUUUUGAUGUUGAGAGAAAAAAGAAAGUUAUAAAAAAAAAUGUCUGUCGUAUAUGUAUACUUUUUCCAAUAAAUAAAAACAAAGUAUGGGGAUUUAAUUAUAUGAAUUGUCCCCUUUAAUUAUUCAAUGAAAGUAACACAAUUUGCAUACACGUAGUACUGUGAAUGGGGUUGUAUGUGUACCUACACAAGGUUUCAUCUUCCUAGACCAUUUUCUCUUUGAUUAUUCAUAAGAUCAUUCUAAAUGACACAUAUCCCUCCAUAAGUCACAGAAACAAUUCCAAAGGAAUUGUUUCUGUAACUUAUAGUUUUGGCAUUGUUUACCUUAUGCAUACAGUAUCUUAGAAAAGUGAUCACCAAAGAUGAAUGAAGAGACUGUAUUCCAAACUUUUUAUUUUAUCAACAUUACUGUUAUGUGCCAGCAUAUAAUGUGAAGUGAGGUGUAAAAUCAUGUAUAUGAUUUCUCUCCUUUUCCAUGUAAUAUAUAAUAAAAAGGCUUCUCAUCUAUUUGACAUA